AUGCCACGGCGAGGUACAGGUCCACCACAGCCGCGUCGCAUCCCCAACGUCAAGCAGGUCGUCUGCGUCUCGUCCGGCAAAGGCGGGGUGGGGAAAUCCACCAUCUCGGCCAACCUCGCCGUCGCACUCUCCCUCACCGACCUCGCCGGCAGAAAGCCUCGAGUGGGACUAUUAGAUUUAGACAUAUUCGGUCCGAGCGUACCGAAGCUCAUGGGGCUGGAAGGCAUGGGGGAACCCGAGCUCACAUCGUACGGGGGCUUGAUUCCGAUGAAGAACCACGGUGUCAGCUGUAUGUCGAUGGGAUUUCUCCUCGGCAACGCUUCGCGGUCCGGUGCAGGAGAAGAAGAGGAUGAGGAGAGAGUGGUAGCAUGGAGAGGAAUGAUGGUGAUGAAGGCGACGCAGCAGUUGCUUUUCGAUGUCGACUGGAGAUUGAACCCGCUAGCACCCACCCCCGAAUCGCCCGACCAGAUAGACGCAAGCAACACCCCGCUCGACGUGCUAGUGAUCGACAUGCCUCCCGGUACCGGCGAUGUAGCGCUAUCGCUCGCUCAGCUAGUCAAGGUGGACGCAGCACUGGUGGUCACAACACCCCAAGAGGUCGCCUUGAUCGAUGCGAAGAAGGGCGUCGCGAUGUUCAACAAAACCAAGGUUCCGAUCGCAGGCUUGGUGCUCAACAUGAGUCACUUUGUCAGUCCUGAUACGGGCAAGGUGUUCGAGCUGUUCGGCAAAUCGACCGCGGUGGAAAGGUAUGCCGAGAAGCAAAAGCUGGACAUCUUGGCGAGGAUACCGUUGCAGCCGCAGUUGAGCGCAGGUGGCGACGAGGGGAUUCCGGCCACGCUGAGGGAGAGUUUGCCCGCGUUUGAGAGCGGAUCAUCGGAGACCGAGCAGCAGCAGCAGCAGCAGCAGCCGAAUCACAUUCGAGCGGCAUUCCUCGAUCUGGCAGACAAGGUCUGGAAGCGAUUGGGACCGUAG